AGUAAAUGGAUCAAGAGGCAGCUGAAACUGCAAGAGAGUCAUUGGAGCUUGUGUUUCGGAUGUCGAACAUUUUGGACACUGGUCUCGAUCGACAUACCUUGUCUGUUCUCAUAGCUCUCUGUGAUCUUGGUCUUAACCCUGAGGCUCUAGCUGCUGUUGUCAAGGAGCUUCGGCAUGAAUCUGGCAACAACUUUGGCAGAAGCUUAAGAUAAUAAUAAUUCAAAUCCUUUGGAAGAUGGAUCAAUACUAAAACAUCUGCGAUUGUUUUCUUUUUUUCUGUAUGUUUUAACUAUCGAGUGGUUCUUGAAAUAUAUAGCCUUAUCGAGUGUUCUUGAGCUGUAGUCUUAUGAAAGAAAUAUGAACACUAUCACACACUUACGGCUUA